UCAUUCAGUGAAUCUCACAGCGCUUUGCCGUCCAGUUCUUCGAUUCACCUACCAAUCAUGUUCGCUCGGAUAAUGGCCAUUUUUUCCAUCUCUGUCGUCUUCACCGAUAUUACUGAAAGUGCACCGGCAUUGGCAAAGGCAAGACAGAUUCUCUCCGAGAUUCCGGGAUAUGUUCCAGUUUACAUUAGAUCCGGCGAAACCCCACUGGAAGAUAUUAACCCCGAUCUGGCUGAAGCUUUCAACUUUUAUGCACAGAAACACGGAAGGCUCGCAUUUGGCAGGUCCAUUGAGGGGAAAUCUGACAAUUCUCAGAUCAAAAGUGGAUCUGAAGAAGAUACAUUUUCGGAUAUUGACUCAGUGUCAAUCGAGGAGGAUAUAACUUCCAAGGAUGACAAUAGCGUUGCUGUUCCGGAGGAACCUGUUGAAUCGAAAUAUAUUCAAAAAAUACCAAGAUCGUGAAAAAUUGUUGCUCAUAGUUAUAAAAUAUUUAUUGUAAAUAGGAAUAAAAUUAACAUGUGAUGAAGAUGCGAGAGUAAUAAAUGUUUGACGAAACGUGUGUCUAAG